UUUUGUCGAACAAUACAUGAAUUGAAUGCAAAAUGGCCGACGGUAAGACACAAAUUGAAGAUAUUAGCGUGGUGAAUAGCGGUGAAGAUUCUCAACAACCAGAAUUAGAAGAGACAAGACCAUUGAUGGGAAGCACUUCCGAAGAGUGCCAUGUGAUCCAUGAAGCAGAUGAUCCAGACCUUGACCCCAGUCUUACAUGGGAGUUAUAUGAAAUUGAGUUGGAAAUGGCACUUGAAAAACAGUAUUCAAUGAUAGUUAUAGAACCAAAGAUUCUUGGCGAUCAUGUUUCUAAAUGGAUUCGUUUAGGAAACUUUAUACAUAAAUCUUCUGUUCUUUGUAGCCUUGGUUGUUUGCUCUCCCCUAUAGUCCUGCCCGCAAGCAACAGAAAGAUGAUCAGUUUGAGUUUGGGUGGUGUAAGCCUGCUUUCUGCAGCCAUAUAUGACAUUUCCUGGCAGUUUGAUCCCACCUCAAAAUAUCAAGUCGAAUAUGACAGUCAUAGUUUGGUCAAAGUCCCACUCGAACGCCUAUCAUCAUCAUCACCUCUCGUCCUUGUUAAUAAAGAUGACAAAUACAGGAUGAUACUUCAUAAUGUGGCCUCGUUUGCUGUUGCUGUUUAUUUGGGAUACAAUGCCUAUCGAUACUGGUGUGGCAAGGCUUGAAAAAUGAACAAUACAUUUCUCAGCAGAUUGUAUUUCUUUAAAAAUUAAUUAUUACAUUUCAUUUGACUCUGUACCAUAUAUUCAAGAGCUCUGGAAUAUGAACUCAAGUCAAUAUAUUUAUUCUAUAAAAAUAUAAAGCUAUUUGUGCUAUAUAGAGACAGGCAGGAUUUCAUUAAAGUACAUUGUUAUUUUAUUAUUUUA